AGCCCAGGAGUUCCCCCAGCAAAGCUUCCUUCCCGGCCUUCACCCGAGCCCCCGGGGCUGGGGGAGGGGCGCGUCUUGUUCUGCUGCCUGCGGCGUCUCGGAGGCGCGGCGAGCAGGUGCUCGGGCUCCUGCAGAGGAGAAAGGGACUUCCAGGGCCUGGCGUCAGCGCCCGGGGCGGGGCCUGGCUCCCGGAGCGACCGGCAUCUGGAGCUACCCCGCGGGGUGUCAUUCUCCCGACACCGCUGACCAGAGCUGCCGGGAAUUUAAGAAGCCAUGUUCCCGGUCCGGGUUCUCCUGACCCUGAUACUUACUUCUGAGCUGUUGGAAUCCAGUCAGAAUGUUACUAAAAGGGAGGCUGGGUGCCCAGCCGGCCAACAGCGUGAGGGCGAAUUCUGCUGUCAGCCAUGUCUUCCUGGUGAACGGAAACGCAGUGACUGCAAGGCUGACGGGGACAAGCUAUUCUGUGAGCCCUGCCCAGAAGGGCGGGAGUACACAGACACGAAACAUUAUUCUAACAAAUGCAGACGAUGCAAAACUUGUGAUGGAGAACAAGGCUUUGAAGUGGAAAUAAACUGUACAACGACCCAGAAUACCAAAUGCAGAUGUAAACCAAACUUUUUUUGUAACACUCUUCUAUGCGAACACUGUGACCCUUGCAGCACGUGUGAAUAUGGAGUCGAUGAGAAAUGCACACCAACCCACGACACCAAAUGUAAAGAAGGAUCCAGAACCUACUUACUGUGGUUGUUACUCCCCCUGGGGAUUCUAAUAUUCGGACUAAUUUAUUGGUUUGUGAGAAAAUGCCUCCGGAAUAAAAAUGGUCACCAUGAAUCUGUACCUCCAAAUAUUGAAAUGAUCCCAAUAAAUUCAACAGACAUUAACUUGAAUGACUAUAUUAUCACUAUUGCUGAAAAAAUGACAAUAAAUCAAGUGAAAGAGUUUGUUCGGAAGAAUGGUAUCAACGAAGCCAAAAUUGAUGAAAUCAAACAUAACAACCCCACCGAUACAGCUGAACAGAAGGUCCAGCUGCUGCGUAAUUGGUAUCAACUUCACGGGAAAAAAGAUGCAUAUUCCACUUUGAUUAAAGGUCUCCAAAAAGCUAAUCUUCAUGCUCUUGUAGAGGAAAUUCAAGGCACAAUCCAAAAGGACAAUGCUGAUAAACAUGAAAAUGCUAACUCCAAUGAGGAAAACGAAAGCCAAAUCUUGGUCUAAAGUGAAAAACAACUAACUCCAUUCCGAGAAUAAUAAUCAACAGCAAGGAAAAUUAGUGUUCAAAUAUGUUUUCGACAAACAGAGGCUUCAAAUAUUGCUUGACUGUUUAGUGAAUAUGUUUUUUCCUCACUUACUGGACAUGUACAGCUAAUAUAUUUACAGGUCUAGAGGACCUCAUGUUUGUGUCUUCAGGGAUGUUUAAAAUCUAAACAGACCUGGUGAAGAAUAAAUGCAGGGGUGUGUUAAGUAUACAAAUAGGAGUGUUUGCAAAGACAAAAGACUGGGAUCGUGGUGUGGUAUCUAAUGUGUGUUCUGUAGAUAUGAACACCAUUACUGUGCGUGAUGACAAAGAUCUGUCUACAGGCUGAUCCCAUCCAUGAAUCAAUAGAAGCUAUGACCUCCUGAAGCAAUGUCACAAUUACCGGAGAGACGACUUUGCCUCUGAAUUGCCUCCCCAGCCCCGGGGUGAGGCUGGAGAUUCUACUGUAUAGGUAAACUUUGUUUAUGACUCAGUAUAUUUAGGGAAUGCUGGUGUAUACCUCUGAGUGCGGAAUUUCAGUAAGGUUCUACUUCGAAGAUUUUUUCAUAGAUGAUUGGCAUUUCAUUGUGAACUGUUUUAAUUUCGCAUUCACGUGGAAAAUGCAGACUCGAUUAUCAUGCUUGAAAUUUUAUAUUUGUGUGGCAUUUUACUGGCAUACAAAUAUAAUCAACUUCUUUCUCAAGUGCCAAAACAUUUUGAUCAGGGAUGAGUUCCUGGAGCUCUACCACCUCCCCAUUGUUUUCCCUGGAUGUACAUCUCGAAUGCCUCUACCUCUCACACUUGGAAGCCUCAUCUGUGAAACAUGGACAGCCACUGAGAUCUGUUGCUGCUCUUCGAAGCUUCUAGCCUGGGUUGGAGAGACUCAGAGUCUCUGCUUGCACGGAGGUCAUUUUUUGGCACGUCAUGAACCCGUGUUCUACCACCAAAGCUGGUAAAGUGGGCUCUUCUUUUGCUCUGUCCCCCACAAAAUAGUCAGGACCUCCCCAUAUUUCUCUUGCUACAAGUGCAGCUUAUGCAUCAGGCUUUAGGGCUUGUUUUUGCUAUGUCCUGCAACUUCUUAGACACAUAAGCCCCUCUCCCCUUCUCAAGAACUCACAAAAUGUGUGUUAAUUUUCAUAAAGACUAUUUAUAUUUAUAUUGAUAUAAAUGGAAGGGGAUUAAAAACUAAGACAGAUGCUUAGAACCACCUAAAGAAUUUUCAUUGAUGGGAGAUUUUUGCUCCUUAUGUUUGAAAAUGUAAAAUAGAUGUAAAAAUAUUUAAUUAAAAUUAUGUUUUUGAUA